AUGAAUAAAUUGUUAGAAAAUUUCCAUAAAAUGCCAGUUAUCUCCACUGGCCAAGUUAAUGGGGUUGUGGGGAUUACAACUGAAGAUGAUUAUUCUUCUACAGAUGAGAGUGAGGAGGAAGAAGAGGAAUAUGAACAAGAAUAUGUAGCUGAGGAAAAGAAAAAAUAUGCAUCUUUUAAGGAGCCAAGCACUAUGUCAGAAGUGGAAGGGGUUGAUGGCAUUACUUUUAAGAAUAAUCCAUUACAUGUAUAUUCACAGUACAGCUUCAACACAACAUUUCGGAAAAAGGAGCUACCAAUUGAUGAUUUUAAAGACAAGAUUCUGUACCAUAUUGGUAUAUAUAACGUUGUUAUAAUUCAUGGACCUACAGGAUGUGGCAAAACAACCCAAGUACCUCAGUUCAUAUUAGAUUAUUGUCGCGACGAGGGGAAAUAUUGUAAUAUUGCCGUAACACAGCCCAGAAAAAUAGCUACAAUUAAUAUUGCUAAAAGAGUGUGUGAAGAAAGAGGUUGGGCAAUGGGCACAGUCUGUGGAUAUCAGUUUCCAACUUUCGAUAUAGAUAAACCAGAAAUUUCAGAAGGUCUCUGGAAAGUUUUUACUUGUCUGGUAUCAUUCAUCGAUCGAUUUGAUUUUAAAGAUAAAUAUACCAAUGAGCUUAUAAUCGGAAGUAUUUUGGUAUUUUUACCCGGUAUUUACGAGAUUGAGGAGGCUCAUAAAUAUCUUCGUGAAAAUUGUGAAACUCAUGCCAAGAAGCAGAAUACCAAUCGUAUAAAAUGGGAUAUAAUACCUCUACAUUCCUCCCUACCCAAUGACGAACUUGCCAAAGCUUUCUUACCGACGAAAAAAGGAUACAGGAAAGAAAAUAUGGCGGCAACCAGUAUACCAGACAUAUUAAGAGCCCCAUUAGAACGAGUAGUUUUACAAGCAAAAAUGUUGGAAUUAAAUGAUACUCCUCAACAAAUCUUGUCAUUAGCUCUGAGUCCACCCAAUCUGAAGAAUAUUAGAAUGACAAUUCUUAGUCUUAAAGAGGCAGGUGCUUUGUUACAAACUUGCCGAAAUGAAUACAAAGUAGCCGAUGGUGACCUUACAUUCUUAGGACAUGUUAUGGCAUCUUUGCCAGUAGAUAUAAACCUAUCCAAACUAAUAGUCCUCGGACAUCUAUUCAACUGUUUACAGGAAGCUAUUAUAAUGGAGCAUGCCAAAAUGGAUGAUUUAAUAUCGACUGAUAUUGCUAGGGCCUUAACAAUGGCCGAAAAUGUUCGAAUGCACAGGGAAGUUGCUGCAAUGUUUGGUAAUUCACCAUCAACUAUCCACCGUUGUAUAAGUCGUUGGAGACAAACUGAGGAGUAUGUAUGA